UAUAUGUUUAUAGUAUCUCUCUCGAUCUAUGGGCAAGUUUAGGUUAUAAAAGUGUAAAUAUUACGGCAAUUUUCGAGUUUUCCGCCUUUCUAUCGCAAAUUAUUUAACUACGCUCAAACGAAUCAAUCGAAAAUCUUCAUUUAAUUAAUGAUCUAUAUGCAAUUUUUGCAUUGUAAAUUAUUAAAUAUUAAAUUGGAUUUCAAUUAGUUACGAAUAAAUUAUUUCAUGAAUUAUUUCAUGAAUUAACCAUACAUACAUACAUAUUUCAAUUAUAUGAAUUAUUUCAUGAAUUGAUUGUACGUACAUACAUACAUAUGUCAUCAAAUAAAAUACUAGGUGCCUAUGGAUGAAAAGAAUAUGCGCCAAAUGUUCAUUGUUUUUUGUUUGUAUAUGUUAUACAAUAUUAAGGAUGUAAUGACAGAGCACAACUUUGAUUAACAAAAUUGUUACUCCAAAUAUUCAAGCUUGUAAAAUUAAUUCGAGGAGAGAGAAAAAGAAACAAAGUGAAAAAUCUACUGUAUCUGCUUAUCAGACUGAGGCUUACAUGCAUUUUAUCGCUAUGGACAGUUUUCCCACACAAAAUUAUGAGAAUAAAAUGGAAACAUUUGAGACAUACAAUGAAUCUAUAGUUACUGCUGCAAAUCACCAACGUGAGAUCGAUCAAACUCAGUCCAUGAACAGUCAAACACCUACCCAACAGAUGCAAGUGCAAAGUCAGGAGAAUCGUGACACAUUGGUACUGCAGCAACAACAGCAGACACAUCAAAUAACGCAGAUUCAGCCAAACACUCAACAGAGUACGUCUCUUACUCCAAUCAGAUUACCCGCUAUAUUAGAUGGAGAGUAUUUUACAGUGACCAGAGUAGAGGACACCAAUGUUACUGUGCGUUGUCAGCAAUGUCAGAAAUUGUUGAAUGGCAAUCUGAAGUCUACUGGCAAUUUUCUGAGUCAUAUAAAGCGAUUGCAUCCAUCUUUGAUUGAGAAAAUAAGAUGUAAAUCUAAUCAAAGGAAACCAGCAAUGGUAUACAUCGAUUCAGUGUCGCCUGAUAAAUGUUCUGAAAUAGUGCGAACAAAGCGUGUAGUGCUACAAAAUAAAAAGCGCUGCAAAACGGAAGAAUGUUCAGCCGAAAACGAAGAAUCUUAUGAUCACCAAUCCACUGAUUGGAGCGAUACGUCACUAGUUCGACGACGAUCUGAGGAAACGGAAUCUACAGAUUUGUCUCUGAGAAUACCACAUAAUAAUUCGUUCGUAAUGGAGGACGAAUAUGACGCGAUCGGUCGUAAUGUCGCGGCGAAACUUAGAAACAUGAGAUUGGAUCAAAGAAUAAUAGCCGAGAAAUUAUUAAAUGAUAUUUUAUUUGAGGCUCAGCUUGGUAAUCUUCACAGAGGUUCGAAUAUUCAUGUGUGAGGAAGAAAGAUUUACAUGCAUGUAAAUGGUCGCUCGAUAUUUAUCUUUUAACAAAUGAUCAAUCUCUUGCUUAAUAAAUUCCAGGCAAUGAGAUUAAUAAAAUUAUGACAUGCAUACAUAAACACACACAUACACAAAUGUGCUCAUUGUAGAAUGAACUACUUUCUGAAAAAAGUAGACGAUACUAGACUGUGUUCUAACUUUAUUGAAAAACAAAUGUUUAUAUUAUGA